CACGCGGGAAAACUCUCUGAGAGUCCGACACAUCGCACGAUCGCGUUGCAUUUUGAAUGUUUUUAUUGUUCAUAUAAUAAUGCACGCUUUUCUAAAAACUGGAAAAAUCGGCGCGGGUGACACCGUGAAGAAGCCAUCUUCGUCCAAAGCCAAGGAUGCGGAGGCAAGAGCUCGGACCACCCCGUGGGUCGAAAAAUACAGACCUAAAACAGUGGACGAUGUUGUCGAGCAAAAUGAAGUUGUUGAAGUAUUGAGACAAUGCUUGCAAGGGGGAGACUUUCCCAAUCUCCUGUUAUAUGGGCCACCCGGUACAGGUAAAACUAGUACAAUAUUGGCUGCUGCCAGGCAGCUGUUUGGUAAUAUGUUUAAAGACAGAAUAUUGGAGCUCAAUGCAUCCGAUGAAAGAGGAAUCCAAGUUAUUAGAGACAAGGUGAAAUCGUUUGCUCAGCUAACAGCAGGAAACACAAGGCCAGAUGGCAAGCCUUGCCCUCCAUUUAAAAUAAUAAUCCUGGAUGAAGCGGAUAGCAUGACCGGCGCUGCACAAUCAGCCCUGAGGCGAACAAUGGAAAAAGAGUCUCACACAACGCGAUUCUGCCUAAUUUGCAACUACGUCUCGCGCAUCAUAGAGCCUCUAACUUCGCGUUGUACAAAAUUUAGAUUCAAACCUUUGGGGGAAGAAAAAAUUAUCGAAAGACUUGAGAGUAUAUGCAAACUGGAAGACUUGACGGCAGAAAAAAGCGUGCUCAAAAGUGUUGUUGACGCUUCAGGGGGCGAUUUGCGAAGAGCAAUAACUUGUUUACAAUCCAUUACGAGACUGAAGGGGAAGGGGAUAGAAAUCACAAUUGAUGAUGCACUUGAAGUGACUGGUGUUGUACCAAAAAAAUGGCUAGAUGAAUUAUUAACAGUUUGCGAGACAAAAAAUUACAACGAAGUUGAAGCAUAUGUAGAAAAAUUUAUGCUUGAAGCAUACUCAACAAGUCAAGUCGUAGAUCAAUUAAAUGAAAUUGUUGUUCAUUCCAACACACUUUCAGACAAACAAAAAGCUUACAUUGGAGAAAAACUUUCGGAAUGCAGUUAUAGAUUGUUGGAAGGUGGCAGUGAAUACGUACAAUUUAUGAGUCUUUGCUGUGGUAUUAUGCAGGCAUAUGAAAUACGAUGAUCACAGAAAAUUGAUUGCCCGUUAUUUUGGAAUUUUCCAACUUCAAGCAUCUAAAAAACAUUGAAUGAUUGGUAACUUUAAUGUAAGAACUUAAUUAAAAACGCCUUUGAUUUAUCUGUAUUUUGUUUAAGUUUGUUUAUUUAUUUUAUAUUAAAAUUGAGCGAUGUAGUUAAAAAAACAAAA